AUGACGUAAUCAAAACAUUGCAGGCUCUGGUCAUGUGAAUUCAGCCUGCUUGCGUCUCUUAUCGCAACCCGUUUGGGUGAAAUUGUCUUCGAAUUUAACGAAAUAAUUGUUGGCAGGCGCUGAAAACGAAAUCGACUAUUCGUUACCCAGAGUGACAUCAUGUCCGAAGUUCCUAACAACGAGAAGCCUCCGCCGUACUCGGCUUACGUCCCUUCGCAGCAAGGUGCGUGUCCGCCACCCGGUUACCAGCCUUAUGUCGGGCCCACUGCCCCCCUGCAGGGGGCUUACUGCCCCACUUAUGGUGCGACAGCCAUUACCGUUCAGCCGCAGGAAAUCAUUAUCGUCGGUGCUUGUCCAGUUUGCAGAGUCGGAUUUCUGGAGGACGACUUCACGUGCUUGGGCAUUCUACUCGCAAUCUUGUUUUUCCCCUUCGGAAUCCUGUGUUGCCUUGCCUUGAAGAACCGUCGAUGCUCCAACUGCGGUGCUUACUUCGGCUGAGCCAGGCUUGAUCAACAUUUUUUCAAUGGGAUGCAAACCUGCUGCAACAAAAAAUCAGGAAUCAUUUACUUCUGUGCUACAGGUGAUUGAAGCUAUAGUUUUAAUUUUUUUCUGCAGAGUUUUUAUUAUAGCUGGUAAUCUUAACCAUCUAUAAUUAUUAUAUUUUUCUCCUAAUUUUGCUAAAAAGUUUUGUUAGCAUUGUUAUUAUGCAUUUUAUUGUGUAUUUUUUCCACAUAUCGGUAAACUAUAUUGGAUUUAAUAUAAUAUUCAUUUAUAUUGACCAAGGCAAGCGCAUUCGAGAAUAAGAUUUGUGUCUGGCUACGCAUGCUUUUGUUUAGGAGGUAGCCAAUCAGGCUGCAGCAGCGAGAAAAGCGGGGAAUGUGUUUGUAUUCCUCUUUCGCUGUGAGUGGAGGGGGACGAACGACGAAAGCGUGUUCUUUCGCUUGUUUGCUCCCCCUCCACUGCCUAAAAGCACCACAACUGCUGGGGAAUCCCCACUCUUCUGAAACAAAAACAAUAAUUUGUAUAUUAAUGGUUCCCCAUCUGCUGCCAUGUCUGAACGAAAAUUUCUCUUGCGCUGCGCUUGAUAUUUACAUAAUAGGAAGUGUAUUGCAGUUUUGUGUACGAAAAUCCCUUCAAAUUGGCCCCUAGUGAAACAGAAAACCGUUACAAAUUGAAUUUUAGAUAUGGAACAUACACAGGUAUCUCAAUAUUUUUUGAAACAAGUGGAGAGUAAAGUGGCUAGACUCUCUAAAGGCUGUAUUGAUGACCAAAUUCAAGACCCCAUAACCUGAAUAUGAGAUUAGUGCCUUUCACUGUUUAAAAUUAUUAAAAUUCAUCGCGAAGUGGUUUACAAUUUUGUACUUAGGUAAAUGUUCCAAAUAAUCAUUGUGUAAACCAAACAUACACCUCUAAUUAUGCAGCAAUAUUUAUGUGCUGCACAUUGUCAUUCCAAUUUGUAAUUUACAUGAUUGUCCUGAAGUGCUGUGCUAUCGUAAUAUGAAAUAAAAUGAAACUAUAUAUUAAAUUUAAAUAAA